AGAUAACCGUUUGCGUCAUUCUUUCAUGUACCGAUGCUUGUUAAGACUAAACACUAUUAAGCCAAAACCAAUUUGUUAAUUGUUCAUUUUAAUUUUGACUGUACAGCUUCAAAGUUCCUUACUGGACAGUGUUUUUUUAAUUAAAAAGUUCACUAUUACAUUAUGCAGAAAAACGCUAUUCUUUUUGUAACGUUCAUUAUUUUGGAGGCCUCGUUGGUCACAAGAGGUCUACCACAUCCAGGAUCAAAUGAGGAUAAUUUGACAGCGCCGGAAAGCUCACAAAACCCACAAGCUGUGCCAAUAACACAAGAAAUGGAUGUAUUAAAUACAGAACAAUUGCAUAUUGCGCGCCAAAGGAAUGUACAAGGUGGAGUUGUUUCGACAGAGCCGGAAAGCUCACAAAGUAAUGAUGCUACGGCAAGCUCAAAAGGUAUACAAAAGACCGAGAAAAAAAAUUAUACGAGUAUAACACCGGAGAUGCUUCAUAAGGAUUCAAAUGUUUGUGUAAAAUGUGGAAGAGCUAUAGGAAAAGAAUGCACACACCGGUCCAAGCAAGCUGUAAAUUUGUUGUGCUUUGUGACGUCUGGCUUGUGUUAUGCCUGCGACCAGGUUUUUGGUAAUGGCAUCACACGAGGUCUGCCAUAUCCAGGUUCAGAUAAUGAAGAUUCGGCGCUGCCAAGUGGCGUAAAAGUUUGUGACACUUGUGGGGAAGUUAUAGACCCACAACGUGCGUCAAGCUCACGAGACUUUUUCGAAUUAAAAGGUGAGAAAUUCGAUAAUCCGCGGCGAAUGAAAGAACUAGACCCACAAAAUUUGUUAACUUUAAAAGAAAUGUUCGAUUUAGAGGAUUCGCGGCGAUCGAGUGUACGAGACAUACGUAGUGCGUCAAGCUCACGAGACCCACAUAGUGCGUCAAGCUCACAAGACUUUUUCGAAAUGAAUGUUGAGGAACUCGAAAAUACGCGGCGAAUGAAUGAACUAAAUAUACAAGAUCCGUCAAAAACACGAAAAAUCAGUGAGUUAGUUGAAGAAGAUUUGCGUAGUGCGCGGCAAAAUAAUGCAAAAGAUUGUGCCCAAUGUGGAAAAUCUUUAAAAAAAAGUUUCAGCAAAGUUGUACGUGAAUGUAAAAGAGGUUUCUGUUCUACUCCUGGUGAUGGUUCUUGUUUGUAACAACGAGAAAGGAUCCAAAAGUGUCGUUGAAUAAUCUAGUAGUAUUUAAAUACAGUAAAAUAGUUUUUUAUUAAACUAAAGUUGUAUUUUUCACUGAUGCAUAAUAAAAUGUUCAUGUCUGGCUAA